AUGAUAUUUCGUCCGCGUUACAACGCACGGAGUGUACAUGCGACUGUGCGCGCGGCGCGGGGGCAUCGCGAGUGUCCGGUCCUUGUGAAUGUUGUAGAAAACGGCAUGUUGUCACCUUUACCCACUGGUGCAGAAGAAAUUAGUCAAGAAUUAGCUGAUAUAUGGGAGGAAGUUUUGCAGGAAAAUGGUGGGAGCAAGAAAAUUAUCUGCGACAGCUCAAUACGGAAUGUCAUGUCUGUUCAGUCUGUUAACGAUAUUUACAGCAAUCAACCUAGUACAUUUUCUUUGGAAGUGCCGUCUAGUUUCGAAAAUUCAUCAUUAAUACAGCUUGAAGAGUUAGAGGUUUCUCACCACAGAUCUACCCCGGUUAAUUUGGAACUGUCAGUAUCAACUCCUAUGUCGUCUCCUACUAACCUUCAUUCAACUUGCGAUAGCGUAUUCUGCCCUAAUCAUGUAGACUCCUCUGCUAUUUCAUCAUCACUUACAAAUUCGCGGGCUACUUCAUGCUUUAAUAACCACACAGUGACUCCUAAACUGACCAGAAAAAGACAGCGGCGUCCAAAAGAAUGGAUAGAUGUUAAACGCAAAUGCCUUAAAAACUUAGGUAAAAAAUAUGUAAGGAAGAAGGGAAAAGCCGUGGAUGAAAAAACUAUGGGGCCGCCAUGCAAGUGCCGCUACAAAUGUUCUGGUAAAGUAUCUCACCAACAGAGAUUGGACUGUUUCACAAAAUUUUGGCAACUGGGAGAUCGAGCUAAGCAAUGGAAUUUCAUAAUAAAAUAUUCCGAUAAAAUGAAGAAGAAAAGAAGCCUCAAUCAAGAUACUCCUAAUAAUAGAAAGUUUACUUUUAAGUACUAUCUCCCUCUCAUUACAGGCACCAGCGAAUCUCACUGCGAGAAAAUUGAAAUAUGCCAAAUAAUGUUCCUCAACACUCUUGCCGUUACUGGAGUAGCAUAAGAGAAGUUCACGCAGAUGGGAUUGAUGCCAACAAAUCGUUUUUUAAAUACGACCUGAUUCAACCUGAUUAUCAUAUUUUAGCGGUACAAACCGAACUAAAACCUGCCUAUUCUGAACCAAUAAAGAUUCCUGCUGCUAAAUAUAAGGAUCUAAUGGAUAUGUGCCGUUCAGAAGUUAUUCCAUUAGAAUAUCAUCAGUACUUUAACUCUUUGCCACAUCAUAUCAUUGUUGAUGUUUCUGAGGAAUCAGAUGAUGACCGGUCAGAAUAAGAUAUUCUCAUCUUGCUUAUGCUCUUUACUUUUUGUUUAUUCUUUUUAGACUUGAAUGCUUAUUGCUUCUUGAAUGCUGAUUUAGAAAAACACAUUAUAAUUAUAAGUUCCCCUAAUUGAUUUAAUUAUUACCUAUGUGCACACACUGCUAAACCGCGAUGUAAGACUGAUUGAUCAUAUUAUGAAGACUGUAUGUUUUAUCGUAUAUUUCGAAAUAAGUACCUAUUGUUAUGUCCAAAUGUACUCAUACAAAAUUUUCCACUAUUGCAAUAAGUAUUAAAACACAUCUAUAAGUUUAAGAUCAUACCUACUGUGAUACGAUUUGCCAUUUAAUUACUUAUUAGUUUUGUUCUAGGUAUAAGUACAAUUUAAUUUUUGUUAAGUAUGUAGAACCUCAACGUUCAUUUGAUUAGUAAAAUUAUUAAAAAGAAAAAUGUUAUUUUUGAUUUUGUAAUUAGUGCAAGGUUUAUAAUUCUAUAAUAUGCACCUUCGUACAUUGUUCUAAUAGGUACAUAGA